GGUACAAGAUCGACAGAUAUGAGAUCGAUGGUGCGGUUGCUGCGCCUAUGGCCCUAACCAAACUCGAUUAUCGAUUGCUGGAUCUGUACAAAGAAGUGACAGAGCUCGUAGGAAUUGAUGGGGGGAGAGAUGGAGAGCUCAUCAAGUUGCUGGACAAAGACGGCGACGUGUCUGAAAACAAGUUGAAGGUUGUCUCUGUUGUCGGAUUUGGAGGAUUGGGGAAGACCACCCUUGUCAAUGCAGUAUACAACAAGAUCAAAAGUGAUUAUGAUUGUAGUGUUUUCGUUCCCGUGGGUCAGAAUGCUGAUGUGAAGAAGGUUCUCAGGGAUAUCCUCUUUGAUCUAAGGUGCACCAAUGAAAAUUUACAGCUAAUGGAUGUAAGGCAGCUCAUCAAUGAAGUCGGGAAACUCCUGGAGAACAAGAGGUACGCAAAUAGAGAUUAUGCUUGCUGCUUGGGUACACACAAUCAAUAGCUUAUAAAUUAUAAUGUUCUAUAUUUAGUUUUGUGAUCAUCUAGAUUGACUUAAUUAAUAUAUUCUUUGUAAAUCAUGCUAAUGAAACAAUUUCUUUGAAAUAUACUCUAUCCAUUCACAAUUACUUCGCAUUCUAGGUUUGGUCAGUGUCAAAGUUUAUAAACUUUGAUAAAAGUAUUUAUGAAAAACAUCAACAUAUAUAAUAUAAAAUCUCCUAUAGUAGAAUUGUCAUAAAGUAUAUUUUCAUAUUAUGUAUAUUUGGUAUUAUAUAUUGUUAUUUUUCUUAUAUUUUUGGUCAAACUUUACAAAGUUUGAUUUGGACUAAAUACAAAAGGUGAAUUAAAUAAAAAUGGAGGGAGUAUAUUGAAAGGAUCAUAUGCCGCACCUAGAGGGGGGGGGGGGGAUAGGUGCUAACCAAUUUUUAGUUCUUUUUCAAUCUGGGCUUGACACAAAGGUAAAUUAUCUAGAUAUGCAGCUAUGUGAAUUUACCUAUAUGACAAGGCUAACAACUAAGCUAGAUAUAGCUACGCAAUAUAUAGGAGAGAUAAUUGGAUAGAGGUAACCGAGAGUGGAGCACGUGGAGACACGGAGUUGAUUCCCGUAGUUCCACUAGUGGAAAAUCGCUCAUCAAUACCGGUUCGUAAGGGGCUUUUGUACCGGUUAAGCAACCGGUACAAAAGAUCCGGUACAAAAGCCCCCCCCCUUUCAUACCGGUUGCUUACGAACCGGUAUUAAAUGGCCUCCACGUGGGCACACAGGAGAGCUGAGGGCCAGAGAGCUUUGGUACCGGUUUGUAAUACGAACCGGUACCAAAGGUUGUCUGCCGCGGCAGAGAAAAUGCAGAAAUCUCUGCCGCGGCAGAGAAUUCAGGGUUUAGGGUUUUAGGAGGGGUUUAGGGGUAUCGGACCGUUUCAUAUCGCGUCGAUGCGCCUGCUACACGUUUGGGUUUAGGUAGUACAUGAAGAUAAAGGUGAUGCAUAGCAACUUGGUGCAUAUAAUAUAACACAUGUAAUUGCAUAAGAUCGCAAACUAAGUAGUAUGCAUGAAGAUCGAUCUUCAUGCGUAGUGGUACUCUCCGAGGCAUAAUAUCUAUUACAUGUACCAUAGUGGUACACUCCGAGUCGAACUAUAUAUACACAAAGCAAUCGAGGAGUGGGAGAAGAUCUUUAUGCAUAGUGAAACUCUCCGGAUGGUGGUAUGACUUCCCGAAGGAAAAAUCCCGCCAAUUCCUCGUCAAUUGCUUUGAAGCGCUCCUCGAUUGAGAUCUUCUCCCGCUUUCUUCUCAACUGUAAAAGAAUAAGAUACAAAUGAAUACAUGAGCUAUAUGUGUGUGUGUAUAUAUAUAUAUAUAUAUAUAUCAAAUCACAAAUCAAACAAUUAUUACAGAAACUCAGCACAACUUAUGGUAACAAAAUAAAUUUGUGAAUAUUGUUUUCGUACCUCUUUAUUUCUUUCAUUAUUCGCUCUCUCGCUGACAAUUCUGUGGAUGUACUCGCAAACGUAGUAUCCACAUAGAUCAGUCCCCUGUGGUUGUUU